AUGUCUGCUCGCCAGCUUUCCCUUUCGCGUGGAAAGAAUGGUCCCGUCCAGGCGUUUUCCACCUCUCGUGCCGUGGACCCUGUCGUUGCCCAACUUCUUCAGCGUACCCUCCAGCCUGGUAUGAAUACCAAUCAUCGGCAGCAGGUGCUAAGUGACCCUGGAAACGUUUUCCAGUUCGCCUGUGUGUGGAACGAGAAAGUAGGUCUGAUUACCCGCCCUACAAUCGUUACCAACAGCCAGGGUGCCGCCAUGGUCGUUGGCGAUUUCACGGACUCUAUCGGUGAACCCCAUAUUGCCCAGAUGCCCUUGUAUGAUUUCUUUGGGUUCGUCACUACGCUCGUCUGA